AUGCGUUUACAAACUAGCACAGACUGUCUUCGACCUGACAUACCUCAAAUUCAGAAGAAGAUGCCAAUCAAAGAGGUUAAUUAUAAUGAAUCUGAUAUAAAAAGAUCUAAUACUACUCCAUGGGGUGGAAAUCUACCUUGUAAUGAUCUUAAUUAUACAUUGUUGUUCCAAGCAAAUGAUUCAUUAAAAGUACCAGAACCAAGACUAGAUCCAAAAACAAACAAAUCAAAUUACCAAAAUUUCUCUUUUAAAAUUUAUAUGACCACAGUUAAUUCUACAAAGAAUUUAAACGAUAAUUAUGAGACAUACGGCUCAGUAUCUCUAAUAUCAGGUCUUCCGGAUCAAUAUGUAAAAAAUAACGAUUCAAUCUUCAGUUAUCUUGAAAAUAUACUUCAUUAUACAAUGAUAAAUCUAAAACGGAUUGAAAAAUACGGUUCUGAAAUUUAUGAUCCUGUACUGAACGCCAUAAUUUUAGAUAAAGAAUCGCAAAUUAUUGACGCUACAUUGUUCAGCUAG